AGGAACCUGGGGCAGGGGACGUUACACCGUGGGAGCAGCUCUAGCCAGUGUUCUCUUAUGCCAGGGACACACAGCAGCCGGAGGAGGAGAGGGAUUCGGAUACAGAGACUUGUUGGACUGUAGGAGGACAGUGCUUCGACCAGGAUGAACUUUGCGGCCCAAAUGUUCUACUCGAGCUACUUGAGCGAGCGACUUGAGCGUUUGUACUCACCCAGGCCUGCACUUAAAGCCAGCGAGGAGAAGGACCCCUUCUGGCAGAGGUGGGAAAUUACAACAGGUAGCCCCCUGGAUCCUCCAGACCCUUCCCCUAACCAACUCAGUCCCAUAGUGACAGAUCUACCCUCUGCCUGGAGUUCGGAGACAGCCUUGGUGCCUCUUUCUUCAGUUACUUCCAUUCCUCCUCCUCACCCACUUAGUUUGCAGCCAACCCUGACAGACACAUCUUCAGAUCUCCAAUCUCUUCCUCUGCCACCUCCUCCUCACCUUAAUGAUGAGAGGAAAUCAACACAACCGCUCACUUGUCUUCCAAAUCCGUGUUUGGCUGCUGCGAUUGCCAAAUCAAGGUUUUACGAACUCCCCUCGGAUAAUCUUUCUCUUCAGAUGGUUCCCCGCAAACCUUCUCCUGCUCCAUCCAGAUCCCCAGCAGAAAUGGCAUCCUCGUCUUCCAUUUCCUCGUCUUCUCUUUCCUCCUCCUCAGCUCCUGCUCCUUUUAGAGGAGAGCAACUCCCAACCUUCCAAGCCCUUGUAGACUUCCUCCUUCGCUUGGUCCUCUACCUUGUUCUCCUCUUCCUCCCCAGAGAUGAGUUGCGUCUGGGCCCCAGUCAGCCCGGCGGCCCUUCCAAAUGUGGCCAUGUCAGCAACGGCACCGUGUGCCGCAAACCCCCCCUCAUUGAACCAGAGCGACUGAAGGACUUUGGUGAGGAGGAGCUACUCAACGGGGAUGUGAGGGUCCUUGGCACCAAGGUGGUGGGGGGUUCCGAGAUCAUGCUCAUGGAGCCCCCCAAAACCAGACGCGUCAGCGAGUUCCGGAUCGUCCCCAGGCCUCUUGUCGAGUAUCUCUGCUUCGAGGACAUCAGCGCUGCGGCCUUCAGGAUCCAGACGGGGAUCCAGAAGACGCCUUGCACGUACUCCAGACUGUCCAAACAGUACGGGAUGGACAUCUACCUGAAGAAGGAGCACCUGCACUACACAGGCUCUGUGAAGGAGAGAGGAGUCCUGUACCUGCUCAGCUCCCUCACACAGGCGCAGCAGAGGAAGGGCGUGAUCGUGGCCAGUGACUGUAACUUCUCCAUGGCCGUGGCCCACCACGCCGUGGAGCUGAAGAUCCCGGUGUUUGUCAUCAUGCCGUCAUGCUGCUCCUCGCCUCGCCUCAGGAUCUACAGAGACUACGGCGCUAUGGUCAUCUCCUACGGCGGCACCAGCCACGACUCGCAGAACCACGCCCGCCAUCUGGCCACAGAGAACGGAUACCUCUACCUGGAAGAAGAUGAAAACGCAGCCUACCUGGCAGGUCUGGGCACCGUGGGCAUAGAGAUCUAUGAGCAAGUGUCCAAACUGGAUGCAGUGGUCGUUCCCGCUGCCGGACAGUACGGUCUACUGGCCGCUACAGCUGCAGCCAUCAAGCACCUCAACUCGCAAAUUCUUGUCAUAGGAAUUGAACCAGAAGGUUUCCCUCUGCUGCUACAAUCUCUCAAAACCGAUGGUCCAAUCAAAGACAUCCACAGCAACCCCAAUAAGAAACUCUAUGGAGAUCUUAUGGAGCGUUCACUGGGUGUCAACACCUUCGAGCUGGCAAAGAAACUGGUAGAUAGAGUCAUCUCUGUCAGUGAAGAGGACUCUCUGGUGGCGAUGCUGCGGUUUCAGGAGUUUGAACGCUCCACGGUGGACACAGAGGGAGCCAUGGGGCUGGCUGCCAUCUUGGCAGGACAACUACCAGAGCUGAAAGGCAAAAAGGUCGCUGUAGUGGUGAGCAGCGCUAACAUGGAACUGGAGCUGAUGAGGCAGUGUGUGGACCGAGCCCUGGUGCUGGACGACCGGGUCAGCAAGUUCUCUGUGCAGCUGGGAGAAUGGCCAGGAGACAUGGCUAAGCUGCUGGACUUCCUGUCCAGAGAAGACGUCAGGUUGUUGGACGUCUGCCAUCGGAGACAAAGUGAGAAGUCAGACCUCUUCAAGGCGAAGGUGGAGUGUGUGGUGGAAACCAGGGAUAAGACACAGAGCGCUCAGCUGCGCAAGACGCUGAGUGAGCGCUACCCGUCUAUAUGCUGGCUGGACCGGUGAUCAGCAACAUGAACACAAACAUUUACACUAGAAACCCCCCUACAAAAAAAAAGAAGAAGAGGAGACAAGACAUCCUGUAACAUACACUGCUACCAUAUAUGAACUCUGUUAGAGGCAAUGGCUGUUAAGCAAACCUAAGUGUAUACAGAAAAGCCUUGAGAUUACCUAGCGAAUACUAUUCAUACUACUUCUACUACUACUUAUGCUGCUGUUGCUCCUGAAUCACGGCACCUUGUAAUUACGGUAAAGUGGUGAGGCCGUGUUCAGAAGAUGAAUAUAUAGUUCCUAUGUUUUAAUCACAGAGCAUGUUUUAUCCGCUGUAGAUGCAGGCUUACACCUCCCGUAAACCAACAGCAUAAAAGAUGUAUUUUUCAAUCCAUAUUGUUUUUCAACUGUUGUAUAUAUUUCUGUAUUUAUACUGUCCGAGAUGGUAGAGUCAAAUCCAAAGUAGGUGUUCUCCAAAUAAAAAUCUAAUUCU